GUUCAAUCUACAUUAUUUUAUGAUAACAACGGGUAUGUUGAAGCUGAUGAGUCCUACGACAUAGAAGAUUCACAUCUACAGAAUGCUCGAAAGUUUUACAAAUCUUGCGUAUUCAAUCGUAACUGGAAAACAGCUCAAUUAGCUUAUCAAUCAUUAAUACGUGAUCUAUUUGGUGGAUGGGAACUAAUACCGUCAAUUUCAACAGACACUGAAAAAAUGAGUCUAACUGAUCUAUUUCUACCAAUAAUAAGUCAAACUGGUAGUUCACUUUUAUUUUCAAUAAAUAUCAAGCAGGAUAUAUUCGCCAUAAAUAUUUCACCAGGUCGGAUAGGAUUAAAUCCUGCUUCAAUACAGACUGAUAUGAACAAAUCCGAAGAGGAUUACUACAAGCUUGCAUUUGAAACUGGGGUACCUCAGUCUCAAAAACCACAACUAACAGAUGCUUUCCGAAAAAUGAUUCGAUUAGGCAGAGUGAUCAAUAUGUUUAACGAAAUUAAACUCACUAUCACUAACUCAAUACAAAAAAUCAAGUGGUUUGAUGAAGAAGAAAAGAAAUUCCAGAAACACAGGGUUUCAAAAAUGGGUAUAUUUGCCUUGUACUCCAAUCAAAAUGCUUCUCAACAAAAAGAAAAUCUCUCAACAGUAUUCCUAUACCCUAUUCGAGAGGACAAUUAUUACACAAAUGAAUUCUAUAUCCGUAAAGCGAAAUAUAUUGACACUUUGAAAACUCAAUUACACAGUUAUUACCCAUCUCUCAUAGGAUCACCGGCAUUUCUUGCAACCGCUUAUUAUUCAGCGGGUGCAAAUCGCGUAUAUGUAUAUUCAGGAUUUCUACAACCUCCACUUUAUUAUGAAAAUGGUAGUUUAGCUUCGAAAUUUGGAGCACUUGGUUGGAUUAUAAGUCAUGAGAUUAUGCACGGAAUAGGUAUCCAAGGUGUACUGUAUGAUGAUAAUUGGAAUAAACGGACUUCGUACGAUGCUUUAAUGUCAUCCACCUUGAUACAUUUGAAUGCUGUAUGUCUGAGUCAUCAGUAUGUUUCCUAUAAUUACACUCAUUUAAAAGCUUUUCGGACUGAUACUCAAGAAGAAAUGUUGGCUGACAAUGAUGGAUUAAAAGCGUCGUACUACACAUACAAGCGUUUGUUGAAGACGUUCUCGAACAAUGUUAGCCAAGAUCAUCAUGAUUCACUUGAAUCUGAUCGACUGUUCUUCCUCUCGUUUGCACAAACUAUGUGUGGACAUCACGGUGAGAAAAUACUUAUACAAAGUGCAGUAGUUAUACCUCAUGCCUUGGAAAAGUUUAGAGUGAUCGGGGCGUUGGUCAAUAGUAGAAGAUUCGCACGUGCAUAUGGUUGUCCAGUUGGUUCACCAAUGAAUCCUGUUACAAAAUGCGAUGCAUGGUAA